AUGGCCGACCAGCCAACUAUCCACGACGUCUUUGAGAGCAAGACAGGCACUUGGCAGUAUGUAGUUGCUGAUCCAAAUACCUCUCGGGCUGCCAUCAUCGACCCGGUCUUGGACUUUGAUCCGGCCACUCAGGCCUUGACCACCGGGAGCGCAGAUACUCUGCUGUCCCUGGUCAGCGACAAAGGUUACAAGGUUGACUUGAUCCUCGAGACACAUGCCCAUGCAGACCACCUGACCGCAGGCUCCUAUCUUCAAAGCCGCCUGUCCCAGAUGCAGGGCUACAAGCCCCCUAUUGGUAUUGGUAAGCGUAUCGGCAGUAUCCAAGACCUAUUCAGCAAGAAAUACGGCAUCCCUUCGGAUGAGGUUGAGGGUGUGUUCGAGCGUCUCUUUGACGAUGACGAGACGUUUGGAAUCGGGACGUUGAGAGCCAAGGCUAUUCACCUUCCUGGUCACACUCCGGACCAUCUAGGUUACAUGAUUGGGGACAAUGUUUUUUGUGGUGACUCCCUCUUCCACGCAGACAUAGGCACCGCCCGUUGCGACUUCCCCGGAGGCGACGCAAGUGCUCUAUACAAGUCAGGUCGAAAGCUUCUUAGCCUUCCGGACCACGUAAAGAUUUGGACUGGCCACGACUACCCUCCGCAGGGAAGAAAGCCCAUGCCCUUCAUGACCGUCGAGGAGCACAAGAGAGAAAACAAGCACCUGAGGGACGGCAUAUCUGAGCAGGAUUUCGUCACCAUGCGAAACGAGCGUGACGAGAAACUGUCUGCCCCAAGGCUUAUGCAUCCGUCUUUGCAGAUGAAUAUCCGGUCAGGGCGGCUUCCGAAGCCAACUUCAUCAGGUCAGCAGUUGCUGCAUCUGCCGUUGAAGCUACAGGACGCUCAGUGGUGA